AUGGACCCUUCGCUUUCAUCGUUGACGAGUCGUCGACUUUCGCCCACUCAAGGUCGAAGUCAACGUUCACGAAUACCAUCACCGUUUGUCAAUCCGAAUUCAUCACCAAAUCGUCGUCCAAACUUAGACGCGUAUGGUGUUCCAUCAAGGCAUUCAUCAAGGAAUAAUUCUUAUUCACAACCCGCAAAGCAAAACGUUCCUAGUAAUUUAAAUGACAAAAUAAGAGUAUGUGUUCGUAAACGUCCACUCAGCAAGAAAGAGCUCACUAGGAACGAGAAAGACAUUGCUACCGUCAGUGGCCAAAGGACUGUUCUAAUAAACGAGCCAAAAAUGAAAGUCGAUCUGACCAAGUAUGUGGAACAACACACGUUCUUUUUUGAUGACGUGUUUGACGCCGAAGCCACCAAUGAAGAGGUAUAUAAACGGACUGCUUUGCCUUUAGUAGAGUACAUUUUCCGUGGUG